AGCCGCCGCAGCCGUGGACUCGUCAUUCAAGGGGCGAAAUGUCGCUGGCGCGCUCCUCCUGGGAAUGGCACUCUGUCUACGGAGCUGUCGGUGUAACCUGACACUACAGGACAUUUUGCCUGACGACCCCAGCCAGUAUGACAGGUCGUCACCGCCAAAGAAGGAAGGUCGUCCAACAGUUGUGCUUUUCCACGUGACUGUCAUGAGCUUGGAUUCUAUCGACGAAGAAUCCAUGACGUACGCGGCGGACAUCUUUUUCUCGCAGUCGUGGAAGGACCAUCGGCUACGGCUGCCGGACAACAUGACGUCCGAGUACCGCGUAUUGGAGACGGACUGGCUGGAGAGGGUUUGGCGGCCGGACUGCUUCUUCAAGAACGCCAAGCAGGUCACCUUCCAAACGAUGACCGUGCCCAACCACUACAUAUGGCUGUACAGAGACAAGACCAUCCUCUACAUGGUCAAGCUGACGUUGACGCUGUCCUGUGCAAUGAACUUCGCCUCCUACCCGCACGACACACAGACUUGCUCGAUGCAGAUGGAAAGCUUGUCGCACACGACGGAUGACCUGGUGUUCGAAUGGAAUGACCGAGAUCCACCCGUGGUGCACACCGAUUUCGAGCUGCCUCAGCUGGACCUGGAGCACACUGCCCCCCAGGACUGCACAGAGUCUUACUCGACAGGCAACUUCACGUGUCUUCAACUUACGUUCAAGCUGAAGAGGCGCCUCGGCUACUACAUGUUCCACACCUACAUUCCAACCUGCCUCAUCGUCAUCAUGUCGUGGAUCUCUUUCUGGAUCAAACCGGAAGCCGUCCCGGCCAGGGUGACACUCGGUGUGACCAGCCUGCUGACACUGUGCACGCAGCAUGCCAAGAGCCAGGCGGACUUGCCUCCCGUCUCCUACAUCAAGGCCAUCGACAUCUUCAUGUCGUCCUGCACCAUAUUCGUGUUCGCCUCGCUCAUGGAAUACGCUGUGGUGAACAUCAUCCUCGAGGACGGCCAGAAGCAGUUCGACGCAGGGCGUACCCGCAUGGAUCCGGGCAGUCCGUCCCAGCCUAGCCUCAGAGAACAGGGUCGACUUCGGGCUCUGCUCAUCGACAAGGUGUCGCGCGUCGUAUUUCCCGCCAGCUUCGUGUUCCUCAACGUCUUCUACUGGUUCUUCUACGUGAUUUGCGCGUGACCCUCAAGACUGGUGGCGACGACGAGGACGCAGAUUCGCACGAAUACGCUCGCGCGUGUAUUUUGCGCCUACGAACACGCGACACACAUCAUCGGCACUUCCUGCUGCACGGUGCCUUUCGAGCGUUUCAAGCGUGACGGAGGUUAUUUGCAUUGACUAACGAACACGUCACGUGAUCACUGGACCGCACACCUAGUAUCGUGCUCGCCUACAACGAACUAUCGUGUUGUGUUUCAACAGACGUAUACGCAACGCACAUCACCGGAAUUAUCUGACGCACAUAUUUUCUGUCUUUCAGAGUUAAGAUGCACAAUAAAGAGCAAUGGUUUUAAUCUAGAAA